AUGGAGGGCGGGCGCUGCGCAGGCGGCACCCGGCGGACGGAAGGGACGAGCAGCAGCACCGGGACAGCGGCACACUGCCUCCCUGGCAACGGCCGAGCCCCGCUUUGUGCCCGCCGAGGGGCCGCCCCCGGGAGGGGCACGGCUGCUGCCGGGGCGGGGGGUCGGAGCUCUGCCGGUGUUGCUUCCCCUGGGCGCGCUCCGGCCCCGCGGGUUCCUUCAGCCGCUGGGUGCAGCUGGGAUAAGCCAAGGGCUUUAGCAGCGCCGAUGCUAAGUUGCUCUCCCGCGGGGCUGCCGGCAGCAGCCCAGCCCGGUGCCCCGGUGCGGGUCCCCGCAGGGCUGCUUUGCCGCCAGCCCCUGCGCAGGCUCCGAGCUCCAGGGCAUGUGGGAGCCGGGCAGCCCCAAGCGGAUGAUGGAACUGAACCCCAGAGGCGUCUCCAGGAAGAGCAAUCUUCGGCCCUCGUCGGGGCAAAUAUUUAUCACUGUCCUGGCUGUGCCGGCAGAAAGGAUUUUCUGCCACAAGAAACUGUUGGUCUCUACCCUCAGCUGUUCCCCGCAGAGCACCACGAGUUCAUCUUCCUCCCCGCAACACUGUAACAUUUUUUUCAGACGUGUUUUUUUUCCUCUUUCGUAGUUCUCUCACUUAAAUUGCGUUUAUUCCCCUAUGCUACUACUCAAAUUCAUCCUUAUACGAUUAGAUUUAGGAGACUUAAAGAGGCAUUACUGUGCCAUUUUCAGGUUUUCUUUACAAUUCCAUGCACUGUCGUUAAUGAAGGUGAAUUUUAGUCUCCCCCUUCCCCAAGGGCCCAGGCCCAAAUACCCACUAAGGUAUUGGCUACAUGGGAGAGGACCCCAAAUAGCCUCUUUGACUCUGUGAUGCUGUAAUGUUAGACGUUAUUAUGAAAGAAAAGCUGUAUAAUUACAUGUUUUUAAAGCAUUGAUAAAUAUACUUCUAUAUUUAUAAUAUACAUACCCAUUUCUUUAUUACACUGAGAUUUUAUGUAUUUUUCCUUCACUUGUAUAACAGAAUAGUUUACUGGUAUUUUAAUUUUGAAUUCCUAAUAAAUUAAAAACAUAAAUUUUGAAUUCUCUAAUAAAUCCAAUAAAAAUCCUGCUGUGACUCCUGCAAGAAAUCAGUCAAGAUUAGUCCCACCGUUAUGAUAGGUAUGAAUCAGGUUGUGCUGGUCCUGAU